AUGCCAACCUCUUCUUCAUCACCGUCGAGGCCCAAGCUCAUCGCCGCUGGCAUCGACGCUGGCAUCAUCGCCGAGGGUGGUGCUGACCACCAAGGAGACGGGCAGGCCCCAGCAGCUGCCUCAUCGCCGAGCCCAAGCACCCACGGUGCUUCGGGUCCCCGCACUCGCUCCCGCGCUCAACGCGGCCCUCGCCGCACUGGCGUCCGCCACGACGCGGGGGACCACGACGACGAUGACGACGACGAGGGCGAUGGCGACGACCACGGCGCUCACCCAUCUUCCUCCUCUUCCUCUCUCCCUUCUUCCGCCACUCCGAGCGGAGGAGCGCAGGUGGCGUCCCGAGCCUCUGGCCUGCUGGAUCCCCGUGAUCCACAGGUUGACGCAGCCAUCUUCGCGUUCCUCCUUGGCGUCCUGACGGGACACCCGCUGCGGCUGGCCAUCACCGACAAUCGUGGCCGCUCAGGUGUGCUUGCGCUGCGCCGCCUCCGCGAGCGCUACAUCCGCAGCGGCAAGGACCACGUCAGUCGUCUCAGGCAGCAGCUCUCCUCGACCACCUGGUUGCCCACGGACACCGUUGACACGUUCAUGUCCCGCAUCACGGACAUCAACUCGCAGCUCCUCGCUGCCGGCGUGUCCAUCCCGGAGGACGACCUGCGCACCCUCGUCCGCAACGAACUCCCCGCAGAGUUUGAUGUGGCGAUGCGGUUCAUGGAGCGCGAGGACCCGCCGCCAUCGCUGUCCAAGAUGACGGCGGACCUCAUCCAGGAGGAGCGCCGCCUGCAUCACGAUGUGAAGAAGUCCUCGUUGUCCCUGGCGCACGCCUGCGUCCUGCAACUGCUGCUGCAGCUCCAUGUGUCGCUCGAAGAAGCGGGCGAGGUUGCCGCAGGGGACGUGAAGCUGCGCCUCCUUGAGCUCUGCGAUGCGGAGGCGGUCCUGCGAAGCGUAGUGGUCCUUGAGCCGGGCCCAUCCUUGGCCGGCGUUGACGUCUGCUUCUCCGUUGGUGAAGAGGAGAAGGGGGUAGCCUGA